AUGUCUGUCAACCAUCUGUUUCCGGUCGUCUGCACCGCGGACCUGCCCAGUACUGUGGUAGAUGCAUUCCUCACUCGCGCGCUUAACGGCUCGGAAGCCCUUGUUCCGAACACCGAGCCCUGCCUGGUCGUGUUAACUAGCCCCGCCAACAGCCCGAACUCUGCGCCAACGCACCCUUCUCGCACACCAACCCAGCCUUUCACAUCGCCAUUCAAUGACCAAUCUCCCACACAGAUAGCCGAAUAUGUUGGUGGCGCGGGUUUCUUUGCUGUGUUGGACGCGCGAUCGGCGGAGGGCGAAACGGCGUUAUUAGUUCAAGUGCAACGCGAUGGAAGAGAAGAAACCAAGGUCGAUGUUCUGCGAAUCACGUUUGAUGCGGCACAACACGUGCUACAGGCGCUGGAUGUCGCGAGUUUAGGCUUUGAGGAGCUGAUGAUCAACGCGGAGGAUCAGGGUGGGGUUUAUGGGAGGCCGCCUCAAAGGAAAAGUCCACUGAAGGGUGGGCCAGCGCCACGGAAGAAGUUAGGUGGGUGA